AUUCGACUCAACGUCCUAUCGCCAGAGUGUCAGCUGAUGUCUGAUGGCGGCUGGCUGUUUGUCCGUCUGCUGCCCUUCACCCCGCCUUCUGCCGCCCCCAGGCCCUCCCUCCGGCCCUGCAGACACCCCCAGGGCACCACAGCCUCACAGGGUCACCGCCAUAAGGAAAACAACACCUCACUAAUACAAGAAUACGUCACUGCCCAACAGACGGAGAAGAAACGCGUCUAUGUCUUGUAGUGUCUGUUUGGUUAGGUCAUCCUCGCCACACCCGUGACCCACCAGGGAGCCCCGAGUCUUCACGCCCUGUUGACCAGCCCUUCAGGAGGCACCCAAGGUCAAGGCUACAGGAACCAUGGCAGCCACAGCGACCUUUGACAAGCUGCCCCUGGAAAACGCACUUGACGACUCUCCACAACUUCGCACGCUGGUGGGAGUGUUUGCCGCUGACUCCCAGGCACUGAGGGACUAUGUGACCACCCUGCACCAGCUGUCCUCUAAGCUGGUAGCUGCCCAUAACCAGCUGACCUCAGCCUACCAGGACCUGUCCAAGCACCUCAAGUCAUACAAGAACAUUGUAAGUGGGAAGUUUUCUGUGGACAAUGACAAGGGAGAAGUUGUGGCCUCAACCUUAGAGAAGUUUGCAUCCCACAUCUCAGAGAUGAGUUCCUGGGAGCACAUUGUUGCCACACAGAUUGCCGACGGCUCUGUGUAUCCUCUCUCAAGGUUCAUUGACACAGAGCUGCAUGAGAUGGACACAAUGGCAUCACUGUAUCAGACUGCUGGCCAAGAUAUGGAAAAGGCCAUCAGCCGCUACAGCCGCUGCCGCCGGAAAGACCCAGAGGUGGAGCGGCGGGAGGCCAAUGAGGACGUGUAUGUCACAAGGAAGAAGUUCCACCAGAUGGCCCUGCACUACUAUGCCAAGAUGAACCUGCUGCAGUACUCCCACAAGAUUGCCCUGCUGGAGCCAGUGCUGGGACUCCUGGUGGCCACACGGGCUCACUACAACAUGGGCCACGACACCCUCUCUGUGCCGGCACUCGAAGACUUCCUCUCCAACGCGUCCGUGUGUGCCAAAACCAUCCAUGAGGACCAGGUGAAGGAGAGGGAUGAGAACCUUGAGCUGAUAGACAACAUCAUCACACAGUCACAGUUGAUGUACUAUGCUCAGCCUCCCCCUGACAUCGCUGCCCUGCCACCAGACACCACGCUCACCACCAAGAGUGGCUACCUCAACGUGCAGAAGAAGUACAUGGGCGUGAUGAGUUCAUGGGAGCGCCAGUUUGUGUUUGUGGAGGGCGGGAACCUGAUGGGGGUGGCCAAGGGCGAGGCGGUGGGCUCCUUGCUGCUGGAGAUUGACUCCUCGACAGUAGUGCACGCCACAGACACUGACGACCGCCUGCAUGUCUUCCAGGUGGCCACCAGCAAAAAAUACGUCACCCUGCAAGCACUCAAUGACCGGGAGAGGGACGAGUGGAUGCUGACCAUCCACAACCUGGGCAAGGACGGCGGCUACAUCAAGGACGAGAAGGUGGUGCCGCCCUCGCUGCUGUCGGGUGUGGGGCAGUUCUUUGCAGACAAGUUCCAUGCCGCCUCUGCUGCCAUGGGGUCCUCGCCCCCGACCCCAACCCCCGGAGGCUCCACCACCACCCCGGCCUCCACUGGGUCCUCAGGAGUGACCAGCAGCCCCCCGGAGCUCACCGCCAUACCCAGCGAUGCUCCCAUCAUGUUUGACCUCCUCACGUCCAGCGAGGAAACCUUCACGCUCAGCCUUGACAUCGGUGCAGAAAAUGACGAGACAGCCGGCAAGGAGGCAGCAGCAGAGGAGGAUGUGUCUCGGCCCUCCUUUGGGGUGCGCUUCCUUGGCUCGAUGGGCGUCAACGUGGACAGAGUUGUAUCUUUCAUAAAUGGGCAGAGCGUAGUGUGUGAGGUGAUGCGAAGGAUCCUGGCGGCCAGGGCCAUCCACAACCUCUUCACCACCACCGAGCUCAACCUGACCAUCACCAACACCCACCUGGUGCUCAUUGACCCCGCCUCUGGUAUCCCACGUCUCCAGCACAGCCUCAAGGACAUUGCCUACUGGGCCGCCCACUCGGAGAACCACAAACUGGUGGGCUACAUUGUGCGGCAGAACGAUGUUGGCGGCCUAGACAGCACCAAGUAUUCCUGCUUUGUGUAUGAAGCAGAUGUCAGCGGAACGGACGUAUGCGCGGCCCUGGGUCUGGCGGCCAAGACAGCCUACGAGCAGCUGCUGGAGAAGAAGACCUAUGAGAAGAAGAGGAAGCAAGAAGCUCGGCUCCUCCUUGACAACAUUGCACAACUGCCCGACAUCAGCGACCCGCCCAAGGUCAGCUCUGACGGCCAGUUCCUCAUCCUGGAUGGUGACCUCCCCGGUGACUCGCCCACCCACACGCCCCCUGUGGUCCCGCGCCUCACCCCGCCCGCCCCCACACCGCGCAUCCCACCCCCUGCAGAGGCUGAGGACCCAGAGAGUGAAGCUUAGCACCUCUCACAGUGUUCACCCUGUCGCCAUGCUUGCCCAUGCCCGGCUGAAGUGUGAUGUAGAGUGUCUCCCAAGAACAAGGUAGGAGCAGUUACACAGUGAACAGAACAUUUACAUGACAAAUACAAAAUUCUUUCCAAUAUAUAAGUAACAAGUUAUGAUUGCAAAUACAAUUAAGAAAACCAAUAGACCUCUUUCCAAAGUUCCUCCCCUCCCUCAGAUGUCAGUUCUCUUCUUUGAAAGCAGGAUGUUUUGCAGCUUAAGUUUAUUGAGAGUCAAUAAGGC